GGCAUGUAAGAUGUCCAUUGCUUCCAAUCUCGAUCUUGACACUCGUACAAACAACCGACAUCAAGUGAUGGGGUUGAUCAAAUAUUAUUACGUUACCUAUACUCAACCACUCCGAAACGUGGAUCGCGACUUCCCAGCGUUUGUGGAUGAAUUACAUCUACCUAUGGGAGUACCUGCUGCCUUCCUUUGUUGACGUCAUAAGCUCCUGCCCGCUAACAGCUCCUUCCACCUCUGCCUAGAUACCUGUGCGCGGCGCGUCACUGCAAUUCUCAACGGAAAUGACAUCAUUGUGCCACUGCAGUUGCCUUGGUGGGAUAUCUUCCUUCGUGAUGGACUUCCUUCAAAUUACUAUAAAGCGUUCUCCUCUCCCACCCUUCGACUCAACUUAAUUCCUUCAUCAACAUCCUUGAAAUCCAAACACUAUCAAGAACUCCAACCUACACAAGCACAAACAAACCACAAAUCCCACCAAACCCAUCAAUCACCAACAUGUCUGAUACCCCCCAGCCUUCCACUCUCAAGUCCGUCGUCGACUCCGCCUCCGGUGCUGUUCAGAGCGCUAUUGGUAGUCUUACUGGAAACACCAGCGACCAGGCCGCUGGCGACCUCAAGAAGCAGAAGGCCGAGGCCGAGCAUGAUGCGUCCCACGCUACCGCCAAGCUCCCUGGUGCCACCCUCUCUGGCUCCGGUGCCGCCGCCAAAGAUGACCCCAACCGCACUGAGGGUUCUUGGAACCAGACUGCUGGCUCCGCUAAGGAGGCCGUUGGUGGAAUCAUCGGGAGCGAGUCCCUGAAGAAGGCUGGCCACGAGCAGAAUCUCGAGGGUAGAAACCAGGAGGCCAAGGGUCAGCUCAGUGAUCUCGGCACUGGCAUCAGCGAGCGUGUCCAGGGUACUCUUGGUGGCGCCGUCUCCAACCUCACCGGCAACAAGGAGCAGGAGGCUCACUACGACGAGCUUCGUGCUGAGGGCAAGACCCGCCAGCGUGGUGUUGAGCACGAUCUCCAGAAGCAGGCUGAGGCAGAGAGCCGCGAAUAAACCGGCAAGUCCAACAUUGGUAACAGCGUAGGGUGAUAAGCAUGAAGUGACGAGAAUAUGAUACCCCAAAGUUGUGGCAUGGACGGAAGAGGAAGGUCCUACUAGAUACUCCUAAUGAACACCAUCAACAGUUACUUCGGUAUAUGUUGCAGCUUGUGAUCCUUGACAGUCGUGUUGUGUUUCUUAUACGUACCAAGGCUACUGCCCUAUACUCGAGUGUUGGAUAAGAAACUGGAUAUUGAGGAGGUUGC